AUGCAGAAGGUUCACAGAAUCGCCCUCGGCCUCCUCGCCGCCGCGGCCAUCGCCACUGCUUCCGACGUUGUCCAGCUCAAGAAGGACACCUUCGACGACUUUGUCAAGGCCAACGACCUCGUCCUUGCUGAGUUCUUCGCCCCGUGGUGCGGCCACUGCAAGGCCCUCGCCCCAGAGUACGAGGAGGCUGCCACGACGCUGAAGGAGAAGAACAUCAAGCUCGCCAAGAUCGACUGCACAGAAGAGACGGAGCUCUGCCAACAACACGGCGUUGAGGGUUACCCCACCCUCAAGGUCUUCCGCGGCCUCGACAAUGUCGGCCCCUACAAGGGUCAGCGCAAGGCUGGUGCCAUCACCUCCUACAUGAUCAAGCAGUCCCUCCCCGCUGUGUCCGACGUCACCAAGGACACUCUGGAGGAGUUCAAGAAGGCCGACAAGGUCGUCAUCGUCGCCUACGUCGACGCCGCCGACAAGGCCUCCAGCGAGGCUUUCUCUGCCGUCGCUGAGAAGCUCCGCGACGACUACCCCUUCGGUGUCAGCACCGAUGCCGCUCUCGCCGAGGCUGAGGGCGUCAAGGCCCCCGCCGUCGUUGUCUACAAGGACUUUGACGAGGGCAAGUCCGUCUUCACCGAGAGGUUCGAGGCUGAGGCCAUCCAGAAGUUCGCCAAGACGGCCGCCACUCCCCUCAUCGGCGAGAUCGGCCCCGAGACCUACUCCGACUACAUGUCGGCCGGCCUUCCCCUUGCCUACAUCUUCGCCGAGACGGCCGAGGAGCGCAAGGAGAUCAGCGAGAAGCUCAAGCCCAUCGCCGAGGCCCAGCGUGGUGUUGUCAACUUUGGCACCAUCGACGCCAAGGCCUAUGGUGCCCACGCUGGCAACCUCAACCUCAAGACCGACAAGUUCCCCGCCUUCGCCAUCCAGGAGACGGCCAAGAACCAGAAGUUCCCCUUCGACCAGGAGAAGGAGAUCACCCUCGAGGCCAUCAAGACUUUCGUCGACGACUUUGUCGCCGGCAAGGUCGAGCCUAGCAUCAAGUCUGAGCCCAUCCCCGAGAAGCAGGAGGGCCCCGUCACGGUUGUUGUUGCCAAGAGCUACAACGACAUUGUCCUUGACGACACCAAGGAUGUCCUGAUCGAGUUCUACGCCCCGUGGUGCGGUCACUGCAAGUCCCUUGCUCCCAAGUACGACGAGCUCGCCAGCCUCUACGCCAAGAGCGAGUUCAAGGACAAGGUUGUCAUUGCCAAGGUUGAUGCCACUGCCAACGACGUUCCCGAUGAGAUUCAGGGCUUCCCCACCAUCAAGCUCUACCCCGCCGGCGCCAAGAACGAGCCCGUCACCUACUCUGGCUCCCGCACCGUUGAUGACCUUAUCAAGUUCGUUGCCGAGAACGGCAAGUACAAGGCUUCCGUCUCUGAGGAGGCUGAGGAGCCAUCAGCUGCGCCCGCCGCUUCUGAGGAGGCCAGCUCUGCCGAGCCCGCGGCCGAGACCAAGGAGGCUGCCAAGGAGGCCGACCACGACGAGCUCUAG